AUGAAUUCUUUCGCAAAAUGGGCGCUUAUGUUAUUUGUUGUCGUGUCGGUCAUUCUUAACGUGAUUCUAAUCGGCAUCUACUCGGUGAGGUUGCCUAAAUGUCCUGCUCACCGUACACCCGCGACGCACAGCAAACAUGAUGAGCGGAGCCUCGUUUUUGCUGAUCUCUCACCGGAGGAGUACGCGCAAGUCCAGCAGUACAUGUUCAAGCAGAAAGGUUUGGAUAUAUCCAUUAACCAGAUCACAAAGCCAUCGGACAAUUUUUUAUUCUUGAUAGACCUUUCUCUUCCAAGGAAAGUGGACUGUUUGGCUUAUUUGGAUGGAAAAGGCGCAAAACCUGAAAGGCUGGCUACAGUAGUGGUUUUCUUCGGUGCAAAAGGGCACAUCAAGGAGUACGCGGUGGGGCCCCUUCCCCACCCAACUUACCACAGAGAUGUCACAAAAGAGCGUUACCAAAUGGAUUUGCCUCUCAGUAAGCGCUUGGUGACCGUUGGGGAAUACGCGCAGAUUUUUCAGUUUAUUGAGAAUGAGGUUUUUUCUAAGCUGGAAAAGCUCUUGAAAGAGAGCUUCGAUGUGAGUCCCGGGAAAACACUGAAUGCUUUCGAACAAAUGCCUCGUGGAGUCCGAUCUGGGGACAGAAAGACUUGGAUAUCUUUCUUUAGAGAUAUGAGCGGUAUGUACAUUCAUCCAGUGGGCUUCGAGGUACUUCUCAAUCAUGAGAAUACAAACGCAUCCCAAUGGCGCAUCGAGCGGCUGCUGUACAACGGCAUAUACUUUAAAUCGGUGGAAGAACUUAAACAAAGUUAUGACAGCGGAUACGUGAAGAAAAUCACUUAUCAACACAUUCCAGAUUACGGCUCUCUUAAACCUAGAAAGAAACCUUCUCAGAUCGGCCCACAGCAGUAUUAUGUGGAGGGGAGACGCUACAGCGUCAAGAACAACCAUGUCAUUUACUUGGACUGGACCUUUGCUUUUGGGCUGAGCGCUCUCACCGGCAUGAGGGUCUUCGAUGUGCGGUUUAAUGGCGAAAGGAUCGUUUACGAGCUGAGCGUGCAAGAGGCCAUGUCUGUGUACGGUUCAGUGACACCGGGAAUGAUUCUCACAAAGUUUUUGGAUUCGAGCAUCGGGAUAGGACGCUUCGCACACGAACUUGUCCGCGGUGUCGAUUGCCCCUACGAAGCCUCCUAUGUUGACACGUAUCGCUACAUCGAUGUCCCUGCCCCAGUCAGGUUCAGGAAUUCCAUUUGCAUCUUUGAACACAACAUGGGUCAGCCCCUCCGGAGGCACUUCUCUGACUUUUUCCAGAAUAGCUACGGAGGGAUGGUGAACAGCGCAUUAGUGUUGAGAACAAUCACAGCCAUAGGAAAUUACGACUACAUGUGGGAUUUCAUCUUUUAUCAAAGUGGAACAUUGGAAGCCAAAGUUCAUGCCACCGGAUACAUUUCGUCCUCUUACUUGGUUGAUGGCAGCUUAAAGUAUGGGCAUCAAGUAGCUAAAAAUGUCCUGGGAAACAUCCACACACAUUUCAUCAACUUCAAAGUGGACCUGGAUGUAGUGGGUGUCAGGAAUGUGUUCCAGACCAAAGAUAUGGAGUAUGUUAAUGUGUCUUUGCCAUGGAUACCUGAUCGCUUUGCUAUGGUUCCUCAACUCGUGGAAAGGCAGCUUCAAACAGAAAAGGAAGCUGCCCUCCGUCAUGAUACAAAGACACCUCGCUACCUUCACAUAGCCAGCAAUACAACCAAUCGCUGGGGACAUCAGCGUUCUUACAGACUCCAGGUGCUGAGUUUCACAGGGGAUCACUUACCAGAGAGCCAACCUGAGGAGAGGUCAAUGUCCUGGGCCAGGUAA